CACAGCGGCGGGCCGGAUGGGGGAGAGCGGGGUGCCUGCGGGGGCCCAGCUGCUGCUCCGCGCCUGCGACCAGGGCGACUGCGAGAGCGCCCGCCGCCUCCUGCUCCCGGCUCCAGGCACCCCGGCGGAAGAGGCUGAGAACGAGGCCGGCUCUGCGGCAGCGGCGGGGGCGCCUGCGGGGGGCUUGGUGCCCGUGGAUUGCGCCGACGAGGCCGGCAACACGGGGCUGCAGUUCGCGGCGGCCGGCGGGCACGAGGAGAUGGUGGGCUUCCUCCUGCGGAGGGGCGCCUCGGUGCAGAGCCGCAACCACUGCGGGUGGAGCCCGCUCAUGCAGGCCGCCAGAUUUGGACAUCUAACUGUGGCUCGCAUCUUGCUGGAAAAUGGUGCGGACCUUAAUGCACAGAACAAAUUGGGAGCCAGUGUCCUGACCAUGGCCUCGAGGGGUGGCCACAUCAGUGUGGUGAAAUUGCUGCUGGAAGCUGGUGCAUAUGUUGACAACUAUGACCACUUGAAUACUUGCUUGGACAACAUGAAAGAGGAAUUACCAGCUAUCACCCCUCUCAUGGCCGCUGUCCAGCAUGGACACGAGGCAGUUGUCCAUCUUCUGUUGGAUUGGGGUGCUGAUUGGAAUUACACUUCAAAUACUAUGGGGUGGACUCCACUGAUGUUGGCAGCUGCUACCGGAAGGGUGAGUUUGGCCCAACAACUUAUGAGCAGAGGAGCCAAUCCUGACCAUAUGAAUAUGCUGCAUAAAACACCGUAUGAGAUAUCUGUUGACUUCAGACAUGACGAUAUGAAAGACUAUUUGGCACCUUUAACCACCGUUAGACCCCAAACAGAUAAACAAAAGAGGCAACCUGAUAUCUUCCAUGCUUUGAAAAUGGGGAACUUUCAGCUGGUUAAAGAGAUUACCGACGAAGACCCAGCUCAAGCCAAUGUCCUUAAUGAUGAUGGCGCUUCCCCACUCAUGAUUGCAGCUGUAACUGGGCAGCUGCCCCUUGUACAGCUGCUUGUUUCAAGAAAUGUGGAUAUUGACAAACAAGAUAAUGUCCAUGGUUGGACAGCACUAAUGCAGGCCACUUACCAUGGAAAUAAAGAAGUUGUUAAGUACUUAUUGAAUCAAGGAGCUGAUGUCAAUCUACGUGCUAAAAACGGAUACACAGCUUUUGACCUGAUAAUGCUUCUGAAUGAUCCAGAUGCAGAACUUGUACGGUUGCUCGCUUCGGCCUGCAUGCAAAUAGACAAAGAAAAGAAUAAGCAGAACAACAAAGCAACCACGCCUUCAUCCAGAAAUAAGCAAACAGUAGAUAUCCCAAUGUUGCCUGAUGACAAGGGAGGAUUGAAGUCAUGGUGGAGCAGGAUGUCCAAUAGGUUUCGGAAGCUGAAGUUGACCCAAACUUUGAAUCAUGGGUUUUCCAUAAAUCCAUCUGUGCCUUUCCCAGAAGAGUCUAAAUCGCCAUUUGAUUGUACAAUGAAGGCCACCGACCAAAGUGACAGUUCUUUAAAUCAUGAGGCUACUGCAACUUGGACAACAAACAGCAAAUCUAAUGGUAUAGGAGUCACAAAAGCAGGAAAGGAUGCUGAAUUACUGACAACAGUAUUAAGAAGUGGGGCUCCAUUUACAAGAUUGCCUAAUGACAAACUGAAAGCUGUAAUUCCACCCUUCUUGCCUCCUUCACGUUUUGAGCUGUGGAAUUCCGACAGGAUACAAACAAAUAAAGACGGCAACACCGAGCAAACAAGGCUUGGCCUCCCACACAAAACUAGCAGUGAAAGUGGAAAUUAUGAUAAAGGAUCCUUAACUAGAAAUACCAGGCCCAUUAAGCUGUCAACUUUUGCAAGAAGACCUCCUACACCUUCCAACUCAAGCAAUUUCAACCAUUCCCCUCACUCUUCUGGUGGCUCUAACAGCAUUGCAGGAGUUAACAGGCAUGGUGGAGAAAUGCAUAAUAAAUCAGGAGGAAGUGCCGAUAGUGUUUUGUCUCAAAUUGCAGCACAAAGGAAAAAAGCUGCUGGUAUCCCUGAACAAAAGCCAAACAAACAGCAGAUGCCAGUCGAUCCAGCUCCUUCAUCUCCUCCUCCUGGAGAUGCCAUCAUCAGUGCACACGUCCUGAAGAAGUUGGAAGUCAAGAAGAAGCCUCCGUCUGAGAAUUCCUCAACUUCUAAAAGCACUUCCCCAACUCUCACCCCUUCACCAUCUCCAUCGUUGUCACCCAAGGUUCAAAGCACAGAGUCCUCAGCAUCUUCCUCCCAACGACAAGGGAAAAGUAGUGGGGGCUCAAGCAGCGGCACUUUAACGGAUGAUGAUGAACUCACAGGGAUCCUUAAAAAACUCUCCCUUGAGAAGUAUCAGCCGAUUUUUGAAGAGCAGGAGGUGGAUAUGGAAGCUUUUCUUACUCUUACUGAUGGUGACUUAAAAGAACUUGGAAUUAAAACGGAUGGUUCUAGACAACAAAUUCUGGCAGCUAUUUCUGAAUUGAAUGCAGGAAAGGGCCGAGAGAGAAAGAUUUUGCAAGAGACGAUACACAAUUUCCAUUCAUCCUUUGAAAGCAGCGUUAGCAACACUAGCCCUAGGAAGCCUCAGUCACCAGGGAGCUGGAUAAGACCACAGGAACCGUCUCCUACCAAGAGAUAGUCUUGAACCAAGGGGUCCUACUAUUUUGCUACCAGGAAUACAGAUGAUGGAAUCUAGCUGCCAUGAAGAAGAAAGUCAAGCACACCUUUGUUGCAACUUCUUAGCACAAAACAUGCAGAAAAAGACUCUGUGCCAUAUAUUUUUUUCUGCAAAGUAGACUGAGCUUUAAUUAAAUUUAAAUCAAUUACUCAUUUAAUUAGUUUGAUGGUUUCAGGGCUGUCAAGGAAGAACUGUACCAUGAAAGAGAAAAUGUAUAGGUCAUUUAAUGGAAGAACAGGAACAAGACUCUUGGAAAAAAUCUUGCAAAACCUGAUUGGGCACAGACGUCAAUCUGAAAGUUAGGAAAGAGUUGUCGAAGUAUGUGUAAGGUGUUGGAAUUUUCUUAUAGUAACCACUCAUUUAUAGUAAAUGAGUGGCAUGUUAAAGUAAGUAGGAUAGGCGGGUAACAAAUAAAAUGUAUAUUAUUAUUAUUAUUAUUAUUAUUAUUAUUAUUAUUAUUAAUAAAUGACGAAAGGAAGCCACGUUUAAGGGAGACUGCAGUGGUAUUGUGAGAAGAAUGAAGUAAUGUCUAUUGUUAUGCUACUGUAUCAUGCCCGAGGCAUGUUUUUUAUUAAGUGGCAAAUGCAUUUUAUAUCAUGAAUAUUUAAAUACAUUUCUUUGACUGAUUUGGAA